CCAGCAACCACAACAACAACAGAAAACUUGCACAUCAGUAGAGAUUGGAUGAUUAUGAAUGAGAGAUUUGGGGGUUUUGCUUCCCAGGAUGGAUCCCCAUCCAAUCACUAACCGCACCGCGGAAGAAGAAAAAAUUAGAGAAAGAGAGAGGGGAGGCAAAUGAAAGCAUAUGCUUUGCAAAGUUCCCUCCAAUAUCCUCCCCUCCUCUUCCCCUACGGAAUAUCCCCUCGAAUUCUCUCCACCUCUCUUCUCUCUCUCUUUUAUACCCAGCCCCAAACACGCCGUCUUUCUUGCUCCCACACGCAGCACCCAUUCCAACACACACGCAACAACUGCAGCUUGGUGUGUUGUGACUUGUGAGGGUGGCGGCAAUGGCGAUCGGCGUGGACGACCUGGAGGCGGCGCCGCCGCCGCUCCUCGACGACGAGGCCGCCUACCCGCGCCCGCGCCGCGUCGCGCUCUUCGUCGAGCCCUCGCCGUUCGCCUACAUCUCUGGGUACAAGAACCGGUUUCAGAACUUCAUCAAGCACCUGCGCGAGAUGGGCGACGAGGUCAUUGUUGUGACCAACCAUGAGGGGGUUCCCCAGGAGUUCCACGGUGCCAAGGUCAUUGGUUCAUGGAGCUUUCCAUGUCCACUGUAUGGAAAGGUUCCUCUGUCGCUGGCACUCAGCCCUAGGAUCAUCUCAGAGGUUGCAAGGUUCAAACCUGACAUCAUCCAUGCAUCCUCACCUGGAAUCAUGGUUUUUGGGGCGCUUGCCAUUGCUAAACUGCUCAGUGUCCCCCUGGUGAUGUCCUACCACACCCAUGUGCCACUAUACAUUCCAAGAUAUACGUUUAGCUGGCUCGUCGAGCCGAUGUGGCAAGUCAUCCGGUUCCUCCACAGAGCCGCUGAUCUAACUUUGGUGCCGUCCGCUGCUAUCAGCAAAGAUUUCGAAACUGCCCAUGUUAUUUCAGCUAACCGGAUACGCCUCUGGAACAAAGGCGUCGAUUCCGCCAGCUUCAACCCCAGGUUCCGCAGCCAUGAGAUGCGCGUGAGGCUAAGUGAUGGUGAGCCGGAAAAACCGUUGAUAAUUCACGUCGGACGCUUUGGGCGCGAGAAGAAUCUGGACUUCCUGAAAAUGGUGAUGGAUCGGUUGCCCGGAGUAAGAAUUGCAUUCAUCGGAGAUGGGCCAUAUAGGACAGAGCUAGAGAAGAUGUUCGAGGGGAUGCCGGCGGUGUUUACCGGGAUGAUGCAAGGGGAGGAGCUCUCGCAGGCGUAUGCAAGCGGCGACGUCUUCGUGAUGCCCUCUGAGUCAGAAACACUUGGCCAAGUAGUCCUCGAGUCCAUGUCGUCGGGUGUCCCUGUGGUGGCCGUUCGUGCCGGCGGUAUCCCUGACAUUAUCCCAGAGGACGUAGAGGGAAGGACGAGCUUCCUCUUCGCUCCGGGGGACCUCGACGACUGUGUUGGCAAGAUUAGGCUGCUGUUGACGGACGACGAGUUUAGGGGCGACAUGGGGAGGGCCGCCAGGGCUGAGAUGGAGAAGUGCGACUGGAGGGCCGCAUCCAAGAUGAUCCGCAACGAGUUCUACAGCUCGGCAAUCGACUACUGGCGGAAGCAACAGGCGGAGAUUGUUCAGCCACUGCAAUGGCUGGCGCAAAUGUUCAUGCCGACGCCGAACCAGGUCAUCCGCGGCAUCAAGCAAUAGUGGUGGAUCUUAGCCAUGAUCUAGGGAGGUGGGGGACUGGAAGAUGGAUGGACAAUUCCAUUGAUUACUUGUAAAUUCUUGGUAUAUAGUGCAAUGUCAAUAGGUGAGAGAUAGUUUCUGUUUUUCUAUUGUGGAAUUGGGAUACAGUUAUUGCUUGUAUUGUAAUAGUGGAAAUGUGAGCAUGAUCCAUCACAGCAUCAAUGUACUGUUGCAGAAGCAAGCAGAAUCCAUAUUAGCGAUGAAAUGCCCAGAUAUGUAAGUAAACAGUGGAAAUACUCCCUCCGUAUCAAAAUAAUUGUCACAGAUUUAGUACAAAUUUA